CACGUCAAUCAGUGUUAUGAGGUCAGAAAGUAUCCGCAUCAUCCGCACUUAAGCUGUGCAGAGUGCAAAGUAAAGAUAACAGGAAUGUUACCGUCGGGGUGUCCCCGCGAGGCUGAAGACAAAUAAACAUCGUGACAAGUAAGGAAGAAAAUGACAUGCCUGGUUGUAAGCUGAUCCACUGUGUGUUCCUAUAUAGUAGCCCUAUCAUGAAUACGGAUAAUGCGGAUGAUACGGGUAACACUAUAACGGGAUCAUGUGCAAGCUCUGUGAAAGGGUUAAAGGACAGCUGGCAGAAAUGGUCCAGCGAUCACCGGGAGUACCAGAAACACAACCCGUUUAGCGAUGGCAGAGACGUGGCAACACGCAUCAGAAAGGGACAGGCGGGGUAUGGAAGACCCCAGGAGGGAUCCAAAACGGAGCAGCGAGGUUUCGAUGCACACUCACACAUCGGGAGAGAAGUGAAGGAGCUGUGUGACGUCAUCCAAGAUAUAGGCGAGCGAAGUAAGGAUGGGACAGUCACGGUUGAGUUCGGGAGACUGUUCGAGUGCUACGUCAGCAUCUCCAACAAGGUGGUGGGAGUACUGCUGCGGGCUCGGCGCCAAGGACUGGUCCACUUUGAAGGCGAGAUGCUGUGGCAGGGACGGGACGACGGGGUCCUCAUUACUCUGCUGCGGUGAUCAGUGCUGGUCAUAUCCAAUUAAACUACGGCGUGAAAUGGUGACCCCCGGACAAGACCCCCACCUGGAAUGCCAGUCCACUGGGGGGCCUGACCUCAGCAUAGUUCACUUAUACAAGUAAACCUUCUUUAAAAAUGUCAAAUUAUAAAGUGGAAACAAUGUAUCCAUAUACUAUCUAAAAAGGAAAAUUAAGACAUUAAUACAAGAUAGGAAUAAAGUGCCAUUGUACACUGUA